GAUGAAGAAGGCCCAGCGCGACCGGAUGAAGAAGGUCCCUCGCCUCUCUCACGCGUCGGUCCCAGGCGCGCGCCUCCACCGGUUCCGAGACUUCCAGCGCGCUCCGAGGGGCUACUUUUCCUCUAGUCUCCAAAACUGCCCUCAUGGCGGAGGUGAAGGUGAAGGUGCAGCCGCCGGACGCGGAUCCGGUGGAGAUAGAAAACAGAAUUAUAGAAUUAUGCCACCAGUUCCCUCAUGGAAUCACAGAUCAAGUAAUUCAGAACGAAAUGCCUCACAUUGAAGCCCAGCAGCGGGCAGUGGCCAUCAAUAGACUGUUAUCCAUGGGUCAGUUGGAUCUUUUAAGGAGUAAUACAGGCCUCUUAUAUAGAAUAAAGGAUUCUCAGAAUGCUGGUAAAAUGAAAGGGUCCGAUAACCAGGAAAAACUGGUAUAUCAAAUCAUAGAGGAUGCAGGGAAUAAAGGAAUAUGGAGCAGAGAUAUUCGGUACAAAAGUAACUUGCCGUUAACAGAAAUCAACAAAAUUCUCAAGAAUUUGGAAAGUAAAAAGCUAAUUAAAGCUGUGAAGUCUGUAGCAGCUUCCAAAAAGAAGGUUUAUAUGCUCUAUAACCUGCAGCCAGACAGAUCUGUGACUGGCGGUGCCUGGUACAGUGACCAGGAUUUUGAAUCUGAAUUUGUUGAGGUGCUUAAUCAACAGUGUUUCAAAUUCCUACAAAGCAAGGCAGAGACAGCAAGAGAAAGUAAACAGAAUCCAGUGAUACAAAGAAAUAGUUCAUUUGCAUCGUCACACGAAGUCUGGAAGUACAUCUGUGAGCUGGGCAUCAGCAAGGUAGAGUUGUCCAUGGAGGACAUUGAAACCAUCUUGAACACACUCAUUUAUGAUGGCAAAGUGGAGAUGACUAUCAUUGCUGCGAAGGAAGGCACUGUUGGCAGCGUAGAUGGACACAUGAAACUGUACAGGGCAGUCAACCCAAUCCUCCCACCUACAGGCGUGGUCCGGGCACCCUGUGGACUCUGCCCCGUUUUUGAGGACUGCCAUGAAGGUGGUGAGAUUUCACCAUCUAACUGUAUUUACAUGACAGAGUGGCUUGAAUUUUAAUGAGAGCUGUGCACUUUAUUUACAUUUGGCAAACUGAACUUCACGGAGAACAAACAAUUCAUGAUGGAGUGUAAAUUUCAUUGAAAGCAUACUUCACAAUAAUGGAUACUGACUUGCUGCUAUGAAAACAUUUACUUAUGAAGACAGAACACCAAGCAGAUUGAAUUUAAUAAAGUUUAAUUGGGAAGUCUCUUCUUCAGUGAGUAAAAUACCUUGAAGGUCUGGAAGACAAGGAAAGCAGCCAGCAAGCCUGUGCUGACCAAGUACUGAGGUAAAGGCUGAACGAGAAGAUGUUCACUAGAGUUACUUCAUUGAAAACUCAGCGGGGUUAUUACCACCAUUUGUUUGGUUGUUUUUGGGUUUUGUUGAGAAAUUACAAGUGGUGCAGGCAGGAACAGCUGAUGAUGGGCAUGUGUGCCAUCUUGGGGCCUGGGUAGUCAAGUGGGCAUUCCUUUUUCAUGCCAUCUGUUGCUCUUCACCCCAGGACUCUUUCAGGGGAGUGUGCCUCCAUACCGACCUCACUCCCAAAUGCUGUUGUACAGGACAUGUUUCCACAUCACUGUUUUUCCAUGCUAAAA